GCCGUCGCCGCCGCCGCCGCCGCCGCCCCGCCCACGCCGCCGCCGCCUCCGCCGCCGCCGCCCCCGCGCUGCAAGAGCCGCUCGUGCUGCUGCCCGCGCUGCCGCGCGGCGCUGAUGCGCUCGCCCUUCGUCGUGGGAGCCACCGAGCGCAGCCUGCACUGCACCCUGGUGCGCAAGGAGGCGCGCCUGCUCGAACUCAGUGCGAAGGAGGUGACGGUGCUGCAGAGAAGUAGAUACUGGUGAACGCCCCCCCUCCCCCUCCUUCCCCUCCCGGGAGAACUGUCUUGCAUAGGGUUCCUCAACCACCCCCACUCGCUCCUCGCACCCAGCACUUUUUCUCGCUUCCGGUUGAGAAGACAGUUGUCCUUUUCCUCGCACUCCCGCCCAUCCCUCUCUCUCUUUCCCUCUUCUUCGCGUCCGUCCGCCCGCCCGGGCUCGCCGGCUCUCGCCUGGCAGUUCGGAGCGCGUCCAGCCACCUCGGUCGCUGUUCCUUUGGGCCCCUCCCGGCAAGAAACGCAAGAAAUGUUUGCUCGUAGCGUCCAGAUAGCGAUCCGCAAUACAACCGCUUUUUUUCUUGUUGUGAAGACUCUUUUAGACCAAGUGUCCCAGCAAAGCUGCUUGUUGAGUUUAAUGAACUAAUUAUCCUCCUCUUUCUUGCUCUACAAGUUCCACUCACUAGGACGAAUCUACCAAAUACAUCGUUGCCUUUACGAGCACUUGCGAAGUCGACCUCUUCUGCCAAUUGCCAAGUUGGAGAAUCCCCCCCCCCUCGAUUCUUAACUUCUCUAACGUAAUCUCCACCCACUCCCCCCUUUCGCCCCGUAGAAUUUGUUCCCGGCGCGACCCGGCACCUGCGGUAGGCUUCGUCAUCAUCAGAAGACCUCGACGCCACGAAGGAGCAUACUAAGACGAGACGGCGGAAAUAUUGCCUGUAAUCACUUGAUUUUCAAUAGAAUAUUCGCAACUAGAAAGGCAAAGACGGUGUUAUUGCGGCAAGAGAGCUCCGUUUUUAAGAUAAGAAUUAUUUGCAUACGCAAGUACGCACACAGGAAAAGUCGUUCAUCUCCAGUCAUUGACGCGUUGCCUCUCUCGCUGGAAAUACCGCUAUCCCUCAACCCAUCCUAUUGCCGGCGAUAGCAGCUUAACACACAAGAUCAUCAUAAAAUCUCAAGAGUUGGACAUCAAUUGUCUUUGCGACAAGUUCAGAAAAAGGACAUAUACAAGAGUGUUCGAAGGGAGCGUGUCGCGAGGCAGGCCCGGGCCGGAGAGGGCAUGGAACUGCAAGUGCUGCUGAGCGACAUGGCCAGGAUCAUGGAGCUGCCGCCGCACUCGUCCUUCGGCGACGCGCAGGACACGCCCCCCUCGCCGCCGCAGCACCACCCGCCGCUCCAGCACCAGCACCAGCAGCACCAGUCGCAGCAGCACCAGCCGCAGCACCAGGGAACGUCGCUGCCCCUCGCGCAGCACCUGCAGCUGCACGCGCAGCACCAGGCGCAGCAAGUGCAGAGCAGCAUGUUGGCGCUCCUGGGCACCGCCGCGGCGGCGGCCGCCGCCCACCCUGACGGCGCCGCCCACCCCGGCCACACAGGGGCGGCGGCGGCGCUGGCGGUGUGGCCGGGCGCUUCGCCCUCGCAGCGGCCGCAGCUGUCCCCGGCGUCGGGGGGCAGCGACGCGGGCGACGUGCUGGCCGGCGCGGCCGACGACUCCGCCUCCGACCUCUUCUGGUCACACGGAGCUUCAAGUUCUUCUCCGCCGCGCGACGGCGGCGGCAGCCGCCUUCCGCCCCGCGCCUCGCCGCGCCCCGCCGCCGCCGCCGCGCGGCCGGCCCCCCGCCGCCCGCGGCGCCCGCGCGCGGCGCGAACUGAAGCAGCGCUGAGCAAGGAGGGGGCGCGCCGACCGGAAAGCGCAGCGUGGGAGGCGGUGAGAGGCGGCGCUCUCCCAAGGCGCCACCCGCCCCGCCCCCGCCCCCGCGCCCGCCACCACCGGCGCCGCCCAGGCAGACCGCCGCUGGACGGGGAAGCUGCAGCGGCGGCGCGACGACGCCGACAAGAAGGCGCGCAAGGACGCAGCGAGGCGCUGCUGGCGCUGCCGUCGCUGACGGUGUUCAAGCAGGAGGCGCCUUCGCCCUCCAACGGAGACAACGGCAGAGAUGAGGGCGACGGGGGCGGCGCGAGCGGCGGCGCGGGCAUGGCCUCCCAGCUGCAACAGCUCCUGCAGCAGCACGCGGCGGCGGCGGCGGCGGCGGCGGCGGCAGGUGCGGCGGCGCGGGGCGGCGGGGGCGGAGCGGGCGCCAUCUUCCACCCCGCGGCGGCUGCCGCGAUGCACGGGGCGGGCCUCGACGCCCACGCAGGAAUGGUAAAUUCUGGAGAGUGCUUCAGUCAGCAUAUGGGUGCAUCUGCAACAAAUAGUCCUGCAUCUAGUAAUUCCUGCCCUUCUGCUGGUAACCAAGAGCCAGGAGUUGACUGUCGGUUCCAAUACGUGCUUGCCGCAGCUACAUCGAUUGCUACCAAAGUUAAUGAGGAAACACUUACAUAUCUCAACCAAGGACAAAGUUAUGAAAUAAAACUUAAGAAACUUGGUGAAUUAUCAGCAUACAGAGGAAAAAUUCUUAAGAGUACAAUUAGAGUAUGUUUUCAUGAACGGCGACUGCAGUAUACUGAAAGGGAACAAAUGGCUGCUUGGCAGGCAUCACGACCAGGUGAUCGUGUCGUGGAAGUUGAUGUUCCCUUGUCAUAUGGCCUUUUAGACAUUAUUCAAGAUCCCAUGCAGCUUAAUGCUGUAGAGUUUUUAUGGGAUCCCACAAAAGAAGUUGGAGUUUAUAUCAAGGUGAAUUGCAUCAGUACAGAAUUCACUCCAAAGAAGCAUGGUGGAGAAAAAGGGGUCCCGUUCCGCAUUCAAGUUGAGACAUACCUCCAAGGAGAUGGUGGAUUGAAACGUCUGCAUGCAGCUGCAUGUCAAGUAAAAGUUUUCAAGUUGAAAGGAGCUGAUCGCAAGCAUAAACAGGACAGAGAAAAAAUUUUAAAACGACCUUUAUCUGAACAAGAAAAAUAUCAGCCAUCAUAUGAAUGCACUGUGCUCAGUGAUAUACCAUCGGAUGCGCUUAUGCUGCCACAACCUGUGACACCAGUGGUGACCUCAAGUAUUUCAACUGGUCCAGUUUACAGCCCCACUGAUGCUGUGUAUCGCAAAAGAGAUCGUAUUAUUGUUUUAAAUAUUUUAAUUAUGAAGCAUCAUGACUUAUGUAUCAGAAGUUUGGACGUUGAAAGGAAAAUUAUUGGCAACGGAAAUGGCUUUCAUUGGUAUAAAAAAAUAAAUAAAAGCUAUAUUUUUGCAUUUGUAUCAUUAGUUUCGGGGGAUCUGACGCUUGGAUACGCUCAAACAAACGUAGAAAAAGUUAAAAAGAGAAUUAAUAGCUUCUUUAUCUAUUCUAAUAAUAAACACAUUAAUGUUAAAAACAAUUAUUAUCAAUGGUAUAUUCAAAAUAUUUCAUCACCAGAUGACAAACUUGAGAAAAUACAGACUGCAUUAUUUGAACCCAAACAUUCUGCUUUUAAAAUUUCUCUGCCCUUUCUGAUAUUUUAUAAACAAACAAAACUUCCUCUUGUUGCCUCCAGCAAUGGGGUGCAAAUGUGGAAUAUUGGCAUAUGUGCAAAUAUUAAAUUUUUAUUCACUUGUAUCUCACUUUUGAGUCACAAAAGCAUCACAGAGGCCACAACAGUGCUCCCGGCCGCCCCAACGCUCCUCUGGCAGCCGCAGCAGCAGGGUUGCUGCCCCCGAAGGAAGAGAGGGCAUCUCUUCUUUCACUCCCCUCUGGAACCAACGGAGGAACAAAUUCAGGGGUGCCAGGUGCUGGCCUCACAGGCGACACAGCAUCAAGCCUUCAGCCAGCCAUUGGCCCUGUCUCCCCUGUCAAUUGCACCAAGCCUCACUCUCUACUUGUGUGUUGAAGAGCAAAGCCCCGUAUAUCGAGCAUUGUACCUCCACAGCUUGUCUUAUGCAGAAUUUGUUGGAAAGCUAGCUAAUCUUGUGGGAGUUCCUGUAUCACAAUUAAGUGACGUUUUACUUCAAGGACCAGCUGGUAUACAUGUCCUACUCACUGAUGAUGUAAUUCGCAAUGUUCGUAACGAAACCAGAUUUAUGCUUGAAGUAUUACCAGAUACCAACCAUGAUCAGUAUAGGCUUCUUUUGAAGCCUACUCAAUGAUAAUUAUUGUAUAGAAUUAUUAUUACAAAACUAAUAUUUCAAGAUGACCACAAAUAAUUUUUUUUAGUGGUUUGCAGCAAUGUUACUGUAUUUUAAAUAAUUCCUUACAUGCCAAUUUUUAUAAACAAGAGUGAAAAUAUUGUUAGUAAAAAAAAUAAUAAAGCACAUUGUUAUUUUUCUAUUAAUGCAUAUUAGAUUACUUCCUAGCCUUGUGAAAUGUCAAUUUGGAAUAGUAAUUAAACUGUAUGUGGAUUCAGUGUAUGAUAUCAUGUUCAGAAAAGAAUAUUUCAUAUGGCACUACUAUUAGUUGAAUGGUCAUCAUUUAUUUGUUAUGUACAUGAGUGAUCAUCCAGAGCUUUACAAUUUCUCUUAAAAAAAAAAUUAAAAAAAUAAAAGUGCAAUUUUUCCUGUGACCCUUCAUUGCCACAAGGACUUCAUAUUUUUUCGUGCACGGAGUACAAGUUUCAGUGCAAGAGCUCAAAAUGGUAGGGCUGCCUGAGUGACUGGUCUAAUGUGACUCACUCCUUGUUGAACCGCCUCUAGUCUAGUGAAAGAUGAAUGGCUCACAGGCCACUGCAGCAGACCUUCACGGGAAGUCUGCCCCAGUUCUUGCAUUUCAGCAGUCUUGCUCUAGACCAAAAUUCCAAACAUUUUAUUGAUAUGUAAUGUCAAAUAGUGAUUGUUUGAGCCAAUGGUAUUGUACUCUUUGCAUUUUUUGCUCUUUUUUGUUAUCAAAUUAAAUAUAAUUAUUUUAAAUAUUUUGAUUCAUAUAACAUUUUGUUUUAAUUCUGAUUUUUUUUUUAUCAAUUAGCCUACACUUUAUUUUUAAUGAUCUAUUUUAGAAAUAACUGUAUUUUGAGCUUUAGUUAAGAACAAAAUCUACAGUUUAAAGAAUUCAAUUCUCAUUUCCUUUACACCGUAAUUGAGAUUUGUUGAGUAAGGUAGAUCUAUAUUUGUAGACAAUACUCAAAAUAUAAGCUGAGGAAAUGUACCAUACAUUCAUCACAACUCAGAUUUUAGAGAAAGAAUGAAGUUGUCAAAAUGGGUCAUUAUCAUCUACGUGUACAUAAGUUUACGAAAAAAUAUGAGUAGUAAUUUCAGUGAAUUUUAAAAACUUUAAGUUUUUAAAAUCAUUGUGUGACAAAGAAGUACAUCCUUUGUUAGCUUCAAAUAGAAGCAAUUUGCAAGGUACUAAUGGAUUCUGUACAAAUUUGAUGCAACAUCCUCUUAUAAUGACUUGCAAAAUGUAAAGGGACUAGUUAAUGGAGAUUGUUUCCUCCAAUCUUUCUAUCACACUCGUACUAAAUGAUGAUGAAGAUAUUUGUGGUGUCUUCUAUAUCAAAGUGCAAGAUACUUGCAUAAUCUUGUCUACCUUCAUUGUAAUCAAGAUGAGAAU